AUGCUCGCUGAUGCGAUUCAACAAUACGGAAUCACAAGCAUCAUUGCGGUUGCUGCUAUAUCCACCACCUUACUCGGUGUCAUAGCCCGCAGAGCUCAUCGCAAGCCGACCCCACCUGGCCCUGAAUCGCCCUGGUUGGGUUUCGGUCAACCCCUUGUUCCGGCGUCGUCUCCCUGGUUCACCUACCAGGAAUGGCAGAAGCUCUAUGGUGAUAUCGUAUUCUACUAUGCAUUCGGAAGUCCGGUGGCCGUAAUCAACUCUGCCAAGAUCGCAGAUGACCUCCUUGACAAACGCGGGGCUAUCUAUUCAUCUCGGCCUCUCAGGACUAUGUCAAGGGAACUUAUGGGUUGGACAUGGUCUUUGGCAGGUAUGCCAUAUGGCAGUGAUUGGAGGAAAUACCGCACCGCUUUCCAGAAACAUUUCAAUCCCCGUGCAACCACUCGUUACGAACCUCUCCAGCUCAAGGAAGUCCAGACUUUCCUGCGUAAUCUCAGGCGUACCCCCGAUGACUAUUACCACCACAUGCGCAGGCACGUUCUCGUUGAUUAUUCUCGAGCUCUGAACGCUGCGGCGCUGGUCAUGAAGAUCAACUACGAUCAUGAUAUUGCCGAUGAAGGAGACUACUACGUAGCCUUGGCUGAUAGAGCAAUGAACACCUUGGUCAAAGUGCUUCUUCAUGGCUCUUAUGCGGUAGACAACUUGCCCAUCCUCAAGUAUGUUCCAAGCUGGUUCCCAGGGGCCAAUUUCCAGGUUCAAGCGAAAGAAUGGCGUAAGGAUUCGACCGCAAUGCUGGAGAAGCCCUUUGAAAUGGUCAAAAAAAGGAUGGCCGAAGGAACAGCAGGAACUUGCAUCACUACGAUAGAGCUUGAAGAUGGUGACAAAGAGAAGACAGUCGACGUUCAAAUGAUUCAAGGUAUCACCGCUGUUUCUUACGCAGCUGGUGCUGAUACUACCGUCGCUGCCAUCAUGUCGUUCAUCUCCGCAGCGAUGAAUGACCCUGUUAUCCAGCGCAAGGCACAGGAAGAAAUCGACCGCGUUGUGGGCAAUGACCGCCUUCCAACUUUCGAAGAUCGAAGCGCGAUGCCAUACGUCACCGGCAUCGUCUGGGAGAGCCUGCGAUGGAAUCCAGUUGCACCCUUGGCACUUGCUCACAGGACGACUGCAGACGAUGUGUACGGGGAAUAUUAUAUUCCGAAAGGCACGACGAUCAUACCGAAUGUCUGGGGAAUGCUACACGACGAGGCCAAAUAUCCGGAUCCUUUCAAGUUCGAUCCCGAGCGAUUCGCAGAUGAGAAGAAGAAUGCUCAACUAGGAAUCAACGAGCUGCCUCAAAGCGCCUUUGGUUUCGGACGCCGAGUCUGUCCUGGUCGCUGGCUGGCAUUGGACACUGUAUGGGUGACUAUCGCAUCGACCUUGGCCGUUUACAACAUCGAAAAGCCCAAGGAUUCAAAUGGCGUCGUCAUCGAACAACCCUUGGAAUUUACCGGUGCCGCGGUUAGUCGCCCGAAAGAUUUCAAGUGUUCGUUUGUUCCUCGUUCGGCCGAUGCCCUCGCUCUCUUCGAGUAGGGGGAACAUGGAUGUCAAUGACAAGGACUUGUUCACUAUCAAUUGGCUUGCAGGUGCACAUUGUGUCUUGCUUCUGUGUCCGUGGCCAAAUUCCUUUGUCAAACGUUCACACACCUUCCUUAGUUCAGUUGUAGUAUCUUGCUAUCCAUUUUUGACGGUUACUAUCAUGUGGCACGGUC